GCAUUCAAAAGUUGCAUGUUUGUUUAUUACACAUCAUUGAGGCAGAAUUCAUAAUGUGUUUAGCUACCAAUAAGAGUAUCAUGUGCCUGCUCAUUAGUACAGAUUUGGUGUGCUUUGGGUAGCGUGUAACAUAUACACCCUGGGGCUUGUGCAUAAUCCUUAUUUUGUUGUUGCGCCACUCCCUCCUGCAACCACUUUAAUUCCAUCUUGGCUCCACACUUUGUUUAGACCAAUACUCACAGAAAAACAAACAUUCUCUCCGGGUUAUAUGGAUGAUACUAUCUGCAAUCAAGAGAUUCUUGGAGUCCUUCCUGUCAGAUUCAACCCCCUCCUGUCCUGUGAGGAUGUCCUGUCAGUGUGACGGUGGAGCAAACAGGCGCGUGAGAGGGAAGAGCUUAUUUUGCCCCACAAGCCAAUGUAUGGCUAGAUUCCACACAACAUUCCAGUCAAGCAAAGCCUCCGGUUAAAUUUCUCCAGGACUGCUUCUACAGAGGGUUUGACCCUGAGAGCCUCAUCUGCAAUAACUACAUAGCAAGAACAUGACGUACGAUCUACACAACUCGUCGUACGACUUCUACAACGGCACACCGUGGUUUGUCUACGACUGCACCAUCCACCUAGAUGAGGAUGGCCGACGUAUCGCUCUUUUCCUGCUUUACCUGGUGCUGUUCAUGGUAGGGUUGGCCGAGAACACAGUGGUGGUUUGGGUGAACUGGCGAAGGCGGCAUUCAGCGAAUGGCGUUCUGUUCUGCGUCAUCAACGUGAGCUUGUCCGACUUGAUGGUGAUCUUCACCAUGCCCUUCUUCAUGCUAGAGGUGACUAUGGACAAGGUUUGGCUGUGGGGCCGCUUCCUUUGCAAGGUCACGCACCUCGUGUACGUCAUCAACUUCUACAGCAGCUCCCUCUUCCUGGCCUUCAUGACUCUGGAGCGAUACUUGUCCCUGACACGUCGCAAUGCACCCGCCUGCUUCCCUCCACAGCACAAACGCCGCUGGUUGCUCUGCGCCGGGAUCUGGCUCUUGUCGUUUGUGCUGGCCUUGCUGGAGAACGUCCAUGUUGACCUGUUGGAGUGGGAUGAACCGGGCUGCUAUAUGGUUCCUGAACAGUACUACACGGAGUGGUUCGUCUCCGUUUCCUUUCUUUGCCUGAUAUUCCAAUUCCUGGGGCCGGCAUCCGUCAUCAUCACCUGUAACAUCUUGAUCGCCCGAGCCGUCCGCUCAGCUCCGGACAUCCAGAAUCGCCGGGACGUGUGGUUGGUGCACCUGUACUCGCUGGUCUUUGUGGCCUGCUGGCUACCCUACCAUUUGGUGUUGUUCUUGUUGACAGUGGACGACUUGGAUCCGCACCUGUUCUCCUGCAACACGGUCGGUGUGCUGUACUUCUCAUUUAGCCUCGUGCAAUGCUUGUCGCUCUUUCACUGCAUCGCCAACCCAAUCCUUUACAAUUUUCUCAGUAAGAGCUUCCGCAACAAUCUAAUAAAUGCAGUGAUCAGCCGCAUCUCUUCACCGCCGGCCAGCACGCCGGCUAACGCAGUAGCCGACAACACAGGCAAUACAGCGGUGAAAGAGCGGAAGCUCAGUAACACAAGCACGAGUCACUCCGACAUUGGCGCGUGAAAAGGGAAACUCCUAAAUGACGAUCUGGUGAAGCAAAAUAUGUGCUACGAAUGAAAUGGCCUUGUUGAGGCAGUUGUUUUUGGUCAGUUGCCCCAUAACUAACCAUAAUGUCUCCUGUUUUUCUCACCUCAGUAUUGUUAAAAGUGCAAGGAAGGAAAUAUUGUCAACCUUUCGUAACCUUUACUUCCACCGGUUCCUAUUGUCACAUCUAGGAACUCCUAGAUAAGUAAUAAAAAGCCUACCCACAUGCCAGUGUUUGUACAAAGACUGUUUUGAUUGUUCUGCUCGACAAGAACUCUCACUUAGCUGUCCAUAUGCUCAAUCACAACACCUAGCAAUGUUUAAAUGGCUUUUGAGCUCAGCAACUUGUAUGUACAUAUUGUUAUGGAUGUGAUGUCACAAAAAUUGAAUAAAAUUUAUUUUAAAAGUC